AUGCCAGUCGAGAUCCUGAUACAGAUUGCCAAAUGGAUCGCGCAAGACGAACUGACCUUGCCUGAGACUCGUGGGACGCUGUCAGACCUCCGGUACUCCACGAACAACGGGGAGCUCCGGCGGUACCGGCCCUGGUCUUUCUUUUUUCACGAUUUAUUUAAUACGGAUCUUCUGGGUUCCAGUGCACAGCCUCCCAAACGCAGAAACAGGAGCAUCCUCAGCCUCUCACUCACGUGCGUCCGCAUCUGCCGGGCGUGCGUGGCGGCCCUCUAUCAUGACGUCGUCGUCCACUGCUCUAACCACCAGAAGCUGAACAUAUUCCUGGACACCAUCACCAAGAACGAAAGCGCGUACCUGCAGAAGUAUGUCACCCGCCUGGCCGUCACCUACAAUUGGUACAUUCGACCAGACACGUGGAAGUUUGACUCGACACAAUCCAUCCAGGAUACGAUUGCGUCGGGGGCAGUCAGGCUGCCGGUAUUGCGCAGCCUGUAUAUCACCAAAAGCGACUUCGGCCACUGGCGCAAGCUGCUGCCCACACUCCCCGCGCUGGAGUGCCUGACGCUGAAAGACGUUGAACUCCCCGACCGCGACUUCCCCGUUCUUCCACGGCUCAAGACAGCGCACUUCUGCCACUGUAGUGUCAAUUUCACCUUGGGGGAGUUCCUGAUAAGACACCCAUCGCUCCGCGAGCUUGUCAACAUUUGCACAUUUGACCGGACCUCGCGCAACAUGUUCGAGCCCGUUCGGGACACGCUGGAAUCUCUGGUGUGGGUGGCCUCGGCGGCCCACGAUUGGAACUUCUAUGAUGAGCGCCCCGAUAUCACCUACCUGCGCCAGCUGCGGCACCUCGCGACCAGGACCUGGAUAUUCACUCACAACUUCGAUUGGGGAGCCACGUUAUGGGAGGAGGAGGAAGACCUCGUCUGCAUGGAGUCGCUCGAGACAGUGGAGGUGAUCACGAGUGGAUUUCACCGAGGCCUCCUCCGGGAAAGUCCGCCGCUUAUUUUUCGCAAGAUAGUGGAAACGCUUAAGAAUGCAAAGAAGAAGAGAGGCUUCAAGAGCUUGAGGGUCGUGGAUCUGCGGUCCUUUGAGAAGUGGCAAUUCUGCUCCCUCCAUUGGAAGAUCAUGAAGGACGGGUUCCUGGAUGCCGCGAUGAGGGAGUAUAAGCAGCUUGGGAUCGUACUAUUGCUCCCUGAAAUCGGCAGAGGUACGUAUCAUCCGCAAUGUAACUCAACGUGGCUGUGA